AUGCGUGCCUUCUGGGCCAGCACAAUCUCUUUCUUCCUUGCGUUCCUAGGCUGGUUUGCCUUGGCGCCUUUAGGCCUCGAAGUUGCGACCAGCAUGGGAACGUGCGAGAACCAGCUCUUCCCUCCUACGGACUUUCCAACGCGACCAGCUUACCUGAAGUUCAAGAACUUGAAGAGUGGGCUGAGCUAUUGCCAGUACGGGGUCCUUAAGGAGGAUGGCGCCCUGAUCGACUGCAACGACGUCCCCGCAGAUGUGGUGAGCGGCGCCGACUCAACGGCUGAGCAGAAGGAGAAGUACAGGCCCCAGGUGCUCACAAAGUGCGUGUGCACCCCGGGCACAGAGUGCAAUUCGGUGAUUGCUAACGCAGGCGUAGCAUCGGUUGCCUCGACUAUCUUCGUGAGGAUAGCCUUGGGGACGCUGCUGGAGCGCUUCGGCCCAGUGAACGUUCAGUGCGGCUUAUUGUCCUUCGGCGCUUUUUGGGUGGCAAUGGCGGCCGCGAUUUCGGCUCCAUGGAACUAUACGCUAAUCCGCUUCUUCAUUGGCUGUGCUGGCGCCACGUUCGUGACCAAUCAGUUCUGGUGUUCGUUGAUGUUUGCCCCCAACGUUGUCGGCACGGCCAACGCCACUGCGGCCGGUUGGGGCAACCUGGGAGGCGGCGUGACCCAGAUUUUUAUGAUGUCGGUACUUUUCAAUCCUAUGGUGGCGUCCGGGCUGGAGCCAAACGUCGCUUGGCGUGUCUCCAUGGCGGUGCCAGCCGUCAUGUUUGUGAUUUGCGCCAUUUGCAUGAAACUUCUGUGCUGGGAUAUGCCUACGGCACGCAACUUCGAUCCGACCGUGACCGGAAAGACACAAAAGCCUUCAAUGUGGGACUAUGUGGAGGUGCUGCGUGACGUUCGCGUCGUUAUCAUGAUAUUCCAAUAUUCCGCUUGUUUCGGCACAGAGCUCGCAAUGAACAAUCAGUUGGCUACGCAUUUUCGGACAUACUUCCAGAUGGAUGCAGGUGAUGCCAGCGCCCUGGCGGGUUCUUUCGGCCUCAUGAAUCUCUUCGCUCGAUCACUUGGAGGCAUCAGCAGCGAUGUGUGCUUCAAGCACUUCGGCUUCCGCGGCCGCAUUUGGGCCCAGUUCCUGGCACUCUUCUUCGAAGCUAUCUUCCUAUUCAGCUUCGGAAACGUGGACAAUUCCCAGCCUUGGUACGUGGCAUUGGCAGUCUUGGUUUGCUUCUCGCUUUUUGUGCAGAUGGCUGAGGGCACCUCCUACGGCAUCGUACCCUUCAUGAACCGGAAGCAGCUCGCAGUUGUGUCCGCGCUUGUGGGUGCCGGUGGAAAUCUCGGGGCCGUGAUUGCAGGCUUCUGCUUCUACAAGCCGAUCGAGGAUGCUCUGCUGCCUUUCCAGGUGCAUGCGGGCUAUGUCAUGUUUUGGGCACUGCUGAGCCCAUGCUACUACUGGUCCGAGAUGGGUGGGAUGUUCCACGGACGCCAGACGCGAAGCUCCAUCCUUCCUACAACCGUGGUGCCGGUCAAGGACAGCCGCGUGGCGCGCCGGGCGCUGGACCAGUCGAGCAGAUACGCGGACCUGUCCUUGGACGAGGCCACGCUGAUCAAGAACGGCAAGCAUGUGCUGGUCGCGUACAUCAUGAAGCCGAAGGCGGGCUAUGACUACCUGGCCACCGCCGCCCACUUUGCCGCCGAGUCCUCCACGGGAACCAACGUGAACGUGUGCACCACCGACGACUUCACGAAGUCCGUGGAUGCCCUGGUCUACUACAUCGACCCUGACAGCGAGGAGAUGAAGAUCGCCUACCCCACGCUGCUGUUCGACCGCAACAUCAUCGAUGGCCGCGGCAUGAUGUGCUCCUUCCUCACCCUGGCCAUCGGCAACAACCAGGGUAUGGGCGAUGUCGAGUACGGCAAGAUCUACGACUUCUACCUGCCCCCGUCCUUCCUGCGCCUGUAUGAUGGGCCCGCCGUGAACGUGGAGGACAUGUGGCGCAUCCUUGGCAAGGGCACCAGCAACGGUGGUCUCGUGGUUGGAACCAUCAUCAAGCCCAAGCUCGGCCUGCAGCCCAAGCCCUUCGGCGAGGCCUGCUACGCAUUCUGGCAGGGCGGUGACUUCAUCAAGAACGAUGAGCCGCAGGGCAACCAGGUGUUCUGCCAGAUGAACGAGUGCAUCCCCGAGGUCGUGAAGGCCAUGAGGGCUUGCAUCAAGGAGACCGGUGUGGGCAAACUGUUCUCGGCCAACAUCACAGCGGACGAUCCAAACGAGAUGAUCGCCCGCGGCAAGUACUGCCUGUCCCAGUUCGGACCUUUGUCCGAGAACUGCGCAUUCUUGGUGGAUGGAUACGUCGCAGGAGGCACCGCCGUGACCUGCGCACGCCGCAACUUCCCCAAGCAGUUCUUGCACUACCACCGAGCCGGACACGGAUCCGUGACCAGCCCCCAGACCCAGCGCGGCUACACCGCCUUCGUGCACACGAAGAUCUCCCGAGUUAUCGGUGCGUCCGGCAUCCACACCGGCACCAUGAGCUUCGGCAAGAUGGAGGGCGAUGCCUCCGACAAGAACAUCGCCUUCAUGCUUCAGGACGAUGAGGCCGACGGCCCUUACUACCACCAGGAGUGGGAGGGCAUGAAGCAGACCACUCCCAUCAUUUCCGGCGGCAUGAACGCCCUGCGUCUGCCAGCGUUCUUCGAGAACUUGGGCCACUCCAACGUGAUCCUGACCGCCGGCGGUGGCUCCUUCGGCCACAAGGAUGGACCCAAGCCUGGUGCCAUCUCCUGCCGACAGGGCGAGGAGGCCUGGAAGGCCUGGAGGUCCGGACAGUACGGCAACAUCAGCCUGAGCGAUGGCGUCAUCGAGUUCGCAAAGACCCACGAGGAGAUCAAGGGUGCCUUCCUCACCUUCCAGAAGGACGCCGACCAGAUCUACCCGGGCUGGAAGGAGAAGCUCGGCUACACCGGUGAGUCCUCUGUGCAGGCGGCCAGCUUCGACUGGGCCAAGAAGGCGUCGGCCGCGGCCUUCGUCGGUGCCAGCGUGGCCCCUGCCAAGAAGGAGAGCAGCGUCUCGCGCAAGGCCCUGGAUCAGUCCAGUCGCUAUGCGGACCUGUCCCUGGACGAGGCCACCCUAAUCAAGAGACUUAGCUGCAGGUUGGAGUGGCUGGUGCUGGCGAACGGCAAGCACGUGCUGGUCGCGUACAUCAUGAAGCCGAAGGCGGGCUACGACUACCUUGCCACCGCCGCCCACUUCGCCGCCGAGUCCUCCACGGGCACAAACGUGAACGUGUGCACCACCGACGACUUCACGAAGUCCGUGGAUGCCCUGGUGUACUACAUCGACCCUGAUAGCGAGGAGAUGAAGAUCGCCUACCCCACCCUACUGUUCGACCGCAACAUCAUCGAUGGCCGCGGCAUGAUGUGCUCCUUCCUGACCCUGGCCAUCGGCAACAACCAGGGUAUGGGCGAUGUCGAGUACGGCAAGAUCUACGACUUCUACCUGCCCCCGUCCUUCCUGCGCCUGUAUGAUGGGCCCGCCGUGAACGUGGAGGACAUGUGGCGCAUCCUGGGCAAGGGCACCAGCAACGGUGGCCUCGUGGUUGGAACCAUCAUCAAGCCCAAGCUCGGCCUGCAGCCCAAGCCCUUCGGCGAGGCCUGCUACGCAUUCUGGCAGGGCGGUGACUUCAUCAAGAACGAUGAGCCGCAGGGCAACCAGGUGUUCUGCCAGAUGAACGAGUGCAUUCCGGAGGUCGUGAAGGCGAUGAGGGCCUGCAUCAAGGAGACCGGUGUUGGCAAGCUGUUCUCGGCCAACAUCACUGCGGAUGAUCCCAACGAGAUGAUCGCGCGCGGCAAGUACUGCCUGUCCCAGUUCGGACCUUUGUCCGAGAACUGCGCAUUUUUGGUGGAUGGAUACGUCGCAGGAGGCACCGCCGUGACCUGCGCACGCCGCAACUUCCCCAAGCAGUUCUUGCACUACCACCGAGCCGGACACGGAUCCGUGACCAGCCCGCAGACCCAGCGAGGCUACACCGCCUUCGUGCACACGAAGAUCUCCCGAGUUAUCGGUGCGUCCGGCAUCCACACCGGCACCAUGAGCUUCGGCAAGAUGGAGGGCGAUGCCUCCGACAAGAACAUCGCCUUCAUGCUUCAGGACGAUGAGGCCGACGGCCCUUACUACCACCAGGAGUGGGAGGGCAUGAAGCAGACCACUCCCAUCAUUUCCGGCGGCAUGAACGCCCUGCGUCUGCCAGCGUUCUUCGAGAACUUGGGCCACUCCAACGUGAUCCUGACCGCCGGCGGUGGCUCCUUCGGCCACAAGGACGGACCCAAGCCUGGUGCCAUCUCCUGCCGACAGGGCGAGGAGGCCUGGAAGGCCUGGAAGGCCGGACAGUACGGCAACAUCAGCCUGAGCGAUGGCGUCAUCGAGUUCGCCAAGACGCACGAGGAGAUCAAGGGUGCCUUCCUCACCUUCCAGAAGGACGCCGACCAGAUCUACCCGGGCUGGAAGGAGAAGCUCGGCUACACUGGCGAGUCCUCCGUGCAGGCGGCCAGCUUCGACUGGGCUAAGAAGGCCUCCGCCGCAGCCUUCGUCGGUGCCAGCGUGGCCCCCACCAAGAAGGAGAGCAGCGUCUCGCGCAAGGCCCUGGACCAGUCCAGCCGAUACGCCGACCUGUCCCUGGACGAGGCCACACUGAUCAAGAACGGCAAGCACGUGCUGGUUGCGUACAUCAUGAAGCCGAAGGCGGGCUACGACUACCUGGCCACCGCCGCCCACUUUGCGGCCGAGUCCUCCACCGGCACCAAUGUGAACGUGUGCACCACCGACGACUUCACGAAGUCCGUGGAUGCCCUGGUCUACUACAUCGACCCUGACAGCGAGGAGAUGAAGAUCGCCUACCCCACGCUGCUGUUCGACCGCAACAUCAUCGAUGGCCGCGGCAUGAUGUGCUCCUUCCUCACCCUGGCCAUCGGCAACAACCAGGGUAUGGGCGAUGUCGAGUACGGCAAGAUCUACGACUUCUACCUGCCCCCGUCCUUCCUGCGCCUGUAUGAUGGGCCCGCCGUGAACGUGGAGGACAUGUGGCGCAUCCUGGGCAAGGGCACCAGCAACGGUGGUCUCGUGGUUGGAACCAUCAUCAAGCCCAAGCUCGGCCUGCAGCCCAAGCCUUUCGGCGAGGCUUGCUAUGCCUUCUGGCAGGGCGGUGACUUCAUCAAGAACGAUGCUAGAAAGAGGAAACAGGCCCUUAUGCAGGCAGUCGCGAAGAUCCUCUCGGACUAUGAUGGGUGGCUCGCUGUGGUCUUCUUCGACCCGGGUCACCACAAUUCCCUCCUCGGCACGAGGAUUGGGGAGGCAUCGCACCCAGGACCAUCGGCCUGGGGAUCCUUUGUCACAAAGCGCAAGCGCAGUCGCAGGCAGCAGGGGAUGACUCCAGUGAGCGCACCAACAGUUCCCGAUAUCUCCUCUUUGCUCUGUCCGGCGGCCCAGGCGCAGAUGAUGGGCAUGCUCAAGAAGAUGAUGGAGACGAUGAUGCAGAACAUGAUGGAGUCCUUCUUCACACCGGCCAACCCGGCCAACGGGAAGGGCAAGAAGGGAAGUGCGAAGGAGGAUGGAGGUGGUUCCGGGCAGCCGCCGUCCGCCGCUUCUUCUUUGACUGUUGCCCGGGACUACAUGGGCGACGUGACGGAGAACAAGGGUGCGCGUGGGGACUGUCUUUACCAUUCCUUGGCCCAGGCCCUCAACCACUUUGGGGAUACCAGCAGGGAUGGAGGACAGCGAUCGCACCGAGGCAUCCGGGCUUUUGUCGUUGGCUACAUGUCGAAGCAUCGAGCACAAUUUGAGGAACUGUGGAUAGGGCAGCAGCGGCCUGAUGAUCGUGGCAGGCCCCAGACCGCUGAGGUGAGUUUCUCAACAUACAUGAAUCUCCAGAAGAUUCCGGGAUGCUGGGGAGGUGCAUUGGAGGCCUUAGCAUUUGCGGAGGCUCACAAGGUCCAGGUGCGGAUUGGCACCCUGGAGGGAAAGGUCUGGGCUAUCAACGACAAGGCCCGCGAUCAGAGCAUUUACUUGUGGCACAAGGGUUCUCACUAUGAGUUCUUGGCGGAUGCGGAUCCGCUCGAGCGGGCUAUGAAGCUUAAGGAACAGCAUGAAAGUGACGUCGCUGCUUCAGGUCAAACCGCGAUGGGUGGCAACACGGUUGCUGAGGCAUUCGAUGCGACUGAGCUCCCAGGCCCUGAGGAUCAGCAGAAUCAGCAUCGGCAUGCAAAGGCCAACCAGGCCCAUCUUGCACCUUACAAGAGUGCGCAUCCUGACGAUAGACCCAUUCAGCUCCGAGAUAUUUCUGAGGAGGACCCGGCAUGCAUCACGUGGCAGUGCCGUCUGUGUCACCUUGGCACGACCGAGGCGGCCUCCGAAGGCCGCUUGCGUUAUGCUGCCCGAAUCCACUUUGGACAAAGUCACCCAAAGGCUGGACACAGGAAAGGACCGCAGGGCACCAUGGUUCGCACAGUGGUCCGAAAGCCAGUGAGGACCACGAGCCUGAAGGCGGGCCUCUCCAAGCGCUGGCAUCGUGACAUAGAAGGCUGGCGCACUUUUUCAUGGCCUACAUUGCGUCACCGCAAGCACCGGGACACUAAGCUUCGGUUUGGAGUUACCACGGCUUGGCAGUGCAUUAAGUGCAUGAAGACAUCACGCGUAUGCAAACCUCCGCAACACCAGUGUAAAAGAAUCCCCGAGCGCUGCAACGAUGCUCGGCUUAGUGUCCUCCGGCGAGACCGCGAGGAAGCGAUUGAGAUGACCCGGAGCGGCAAUGAUUUGAUGCAGGGCUUUUCUGUACAGGACGUCACAAAGCUUUUUGAUGACGCCAUCCAGGCGGUUCACGAUUAUCAGAAGUGGUGUAUCACGGUGGGCACCCUCAAUGUUGCAAAGCUGGGCACAGCUAGACUCAGCUCUGCUAUUGGCCUUGCCGACGGAGCUGAUGUACUUUGCCUCCAGGAGGUGAACGUCAAUGCUCAUAGCCGUGCUGGUUUCGAGCGUGUGGGCCGUGCUGCGGGCUAUGACGUUUACUGGAGUGAGUUUGACGAUGAGCUACAGGCUUAUCGUGCGUGCAUGCUGUGCCGAUUGCCGGCUCGUCAUGUCAGUUUCCUCCAACAAAACAAUCGUUCCGUCUCGGUGAUCGCUGAGGUUUCCGACUCCGAGAACCGCUUUAUCAAGUUUGUUUGCACCUCGAUUUAUGGUCGCUCUGAUGAUGCAGAAGCUGCUCGUUCCUUGGCGGAGCAAGUUGCUCAACACAGCACGGCGACUGGUUUCCGAUGGUGCAUUGUGGGUGAUUGCAACCUUGUUCCAGAGGACCUGGCGCACCUUUAUACGACGGGGGUCAAUUUGUUUGACGACUCAUUUGAGGGUCAUUUGCCUGCCACAUGCCAGCGUCGGAUUGACUUUGGGAUUGGUAGCCGCAACAUGCAUGCAGUCAGGUACUUUCAAACCAAAGGAUGUGCCGAUCAUGAUUAUGUACAGUACACGCUCAACGUUGAAGCCAAUGAGUCUCGCUGCAGCCUCCAACCUUUCAUUGCCUUGGAUUGCACGGACCCGGAGGUGAUCAACAAGUUUCACGCAACGUGGGAGCCGAGCAAGUACAGCGCUUUGCUUUCUAGAGGCCUUGACGAGGCGUGGGAUUACUUAGUUCAGGCGGUUGAGGACAUGCUUAAUACAGGCAGGUCUGGCCGCCGACGGCGACAGGGGCCGCGGGUUCAGCGACAGAGUGCAGUGGCCAAGGCGGCCCCUCGUUACGAGUCUGUUCGCUUGCGCCAGCUGCGGCGCUUGAGGCGCCUCCGCUACCACUGCCGACGACCUACCUGGUUGGCAGAUGCUGCUUUAGGCUUUGUCACUCGCCGUUGGCGUCAGUUAUUGCCAGCUGCCCACGCCGUCUCCGAGCUUGGAUGGACUGUGAGUCAAGACGGAGCCCGCGUCACCCGUGUUGAUGACCAGCUCCGACAUCGAUGUUUUGGGUUAGGAGUGGACAACUUCAGUGUGCUUCGUGAGUGGAUUUACAACCACAUGCGGCGCCAGAGCCUCAAUCGCUGUGGGCGAGUCGUGCGCAGCCUUCGUCGCCAAACGCACCACCUGGCGCAAGGCCUUGCGUUGCCGGGUGUGCCUAGAAACACGUUGUGUGCCUUCACUGGGCAUAGAGCGCUGCACGCCAGUGCAACUUCUCGUGUUCAAAGACAGGCCUGCUUCGCGGCAUGGCAACCAUGGUGUGCCCCCGGAGGGCAAUGUCCUCCGGAAGUCCAUCCGCCAGCAGGACCUUCCCUCCAGACCCCACCUGAUGUGGGUGUGCGAGGCCACUGCUGA